UGACUGGUAAAUAUCGUCAUUCGUCGGAAUCAUCGGACGGAAUGGAAACUUCAGAGAUUUCCUAAGAUAGUUUAUGUGAAAGAUAUCAUAUUGUACAAAGACUACAAUCUAAUAAAUAAAUUGAAAAAAGAAGAAUACUUUUAAUCAAAUCAAUAUGUUUAUUAGAAAACCAUAUCAAGUAUUCUUAGCAAGUUCACUACGAUCAAUUAAUUAUGCAACUAAAAGUCCUAAACCGGAAAUUCCAAAGAAUCCAUUAGCAUCUGUAUAUUCUGCUACAAAUCAGAAGGAUAAUGGUGUGGUAUAUGACAAAAAACCAUUCAAGUUGACUCUAGAGGCAGGCAAGACAUACCACUGGUGCUUAUGUGGACGCUCUAAAUCUCAACCAUUAUGUGAUGGGACCCACAAGGAUAUAUAUCUUAAGAUCUCUCAGAGGCCUGUCAGAUUCACUGUGGAAAAAACGAAAGAUUACUGGCUGUGCAACUGUAAACAAACAAAAAAUCGACCAUUCUGUGAUGGAGCACACAAACAAAAGGAUGUCCAGGAGGCUGGUACAGUCAGGCUGUAAACUGACAAUCAAGCAUAAUGUAGUAGUUAUAUUGUCAAAUUUGUUAAUUAACUAGCUAACUAAUUUAGCUCCUAGUUGUUUUCGGCUAAUAAUUUAAGUAAUAAAUCAAAGUUUUUGAACAAUCUGACA